GCUGCAGCCUUUUUUUUUUUUUUUUUUUUUUGAGUUUUUCACGUGUUUUCAGCAGUAAAUAAAGUCGCCAUGGAAGCUUUAGCGUUAUUUGUGUUUUUUAUGUUUAGCUUUGCAGUAGCGGAACAGGACGAAAGGCUUCCAAAUAAAUGUGAAGUGUGUAAGUUUUUGACAAUAGAGCUGCAGGAGAUUUUGGAGAAGACCGGACGCUCCAAAGAGGUCCUGGAGAUUGGGGAAGUUCUGGACACUGGAAAACGCAAACGUAAAAUUAAGUACAACACCUCGGAAACAAGAUUAACAGAAGCUGUGGACAAUAUCUGUGAGGGAAUUCUGCAGUACAGUGUCCAUGCUGAGAGACCUGGGAGCCUUCGAUAUGCCAAGGGCACCAGUCAGACCAUGGACACACUGAAGAACCUGGUGAAUAAGGGGGUGAAGGUGGAGCUAGGCAUCCCAUAUGAGCUGUGGGAUGAGCCGUCAGUAGAGGUGGCAGACAUGAAGAAACAGUGUGAGACCAUGUUGGAGGAAUAUGAGGAGGUGGUAGAGGACUGGUACUUUAAUCACCAGGAGGAAAGACUGGAGAGAUUCCUGUGUGAAGCCCACGUCCUGAAACAUUCAGAGUCAGAAUGUCUAAACGAGGUAUGGAAAGGAGACUUAGGUGUGAAGGGAUCGACUGUAGAGUCCGAGACUGAGCAAGAGGAAGAUGGUCAAACACACGAUGCAGGAGAACUCUAAAAGCAGAAACAUGGUUGACAAACUCCAAUAGCUGGAGUUCCUUAUAGAAUGCAUCCUGAGAAAGAAAAUUCGUCCCAAAAGAUCAAGUACCGGGUUUGAAAAGUGUUUACAGGAACUUUUGUAUGUAUGCUGGUUCUAGUUAAUGCUACAGUUCAUAAUCAGUUACGUUCGGCCACCUCAGAAAGGGACAGCAAUAGUGUUGUUGGCAGUAAAGUGCUGAACCUCAGUGUGGUCACUCAUUUGUAACAUGGGGACUUUUGUUUGUGAAAUGUUUAUUAUGCAAAGCUGCCAAUAAUGAAGUCACUCCAUGUAUAGUGCCUUUAUGUUAGAAACUGCCUCAGUGUUAUGUUGAAGAUCUGAACACACACAAGCCAUAAUGAGGGUUUGUAGCCUAUUGUCUUCAGUGUUCAUUUGUAUUCCAUGUGUUUUUUGGUUUUGAAUAAAUAAUAAUAAUAAUUUUCUUCAUUA